AUGGGGAACAGCAAAAGCGGAGCCCUGUCCAAGGAGAUCCUGGAGGAGCUGCGGCUGAACACCAGGUUCACGGAGGAGGAGCUCAGCACCUGGUACCAGUCCUUCCUGAAGGAGUGCCCCAGCGGCCGCAUCACCCGGCAGGAGUUCCAGACCAUCUACUCCAAGUUCUUCCCUGAGGCCGACCCCAAGGACUACGCCCAGCACGUGUUCCGCAGCUUUGAUGCCAACAGCGAUGGCACCUUGGACUUCAAGGAGUAUGUCAUCGCCCUGCACAUGACCAGCGCGUGCAAGACCAACCAGAAGCUGGAGUGGGCCUUCUCCCUCUACGAUGUAGAUGGCAACGGGAGCAUCAGCAAGAACGAGGUGCUGGAGAUCGUCACGGCUAUUUUCAAGAUGAUCAGUCCUGAUGACGUGAAGCAUCUUCCGGACGAUGAGAACACCCCGGAGAAGCGAGCUGAGAAGAUCUGGGGUUUCUUUGGCAAGAAAGAUGAUGAUAAACUUACAGAGAAAGAGUUCAUCGAGGGAACCCUAGCCAAUAUGGAAAUUCUGCGACUGAUCCAAUUUGAGCCGCAAAAAGUGAAGGAGAAGUUUAAGGAAAAGAAACCCUGA